AUUAUCGGACAUUAUGAUGGCAUAACAAAGCAGAUCAACUGGACCGGGACCCCCAUCCUCUGGCUGAAGGGGGCCCCACCACUGGACAAUCCACCAUGUGUCUUUGAUACGGAUGACCCGAGCUGUGUGAAGACUCCGCUCUCCACAUUGGCCAUGGUGGCGCUGGGCGCCGGGCUCACCCUGCUGAUCUUCGGGAUGGCCAGCAUCCUGAUAAUGAGGAAGCUGAUGCUGGAGAAGGAACUGGCCAGCAUGCUGUGGAGGAUCAGAUGGGAGGAGCUGCAGUUUGGAAAUUCGGAGCGAUACCACAAAUGCGCUGGGAGCCGUCUGACUCUGUCAUUAAGAGGCUCCAGUUAUGGUUCUCUGAUGACCGCUCAUGGGAAAUAUCAAAUCUUCGCCAACACCGGACACUUCAAGGGAAACGUGGUGGCCAUCAAACACGUCAAUAAGAAACGCAUUGAGCUGACCAGACAAGUUCUGUUUGAGCUUAAACAUAUGAGGGACGUCCAGUUCAAUCACUUAACCCGAUUCCUGGGGGCUUGUAUAGACCCUCCGAACAUUUGUAUUGUCACAGAGUAUUGCCCCAGGGGCAGCUUACAGGUAACAUCGCUUUCCCCCGCCAUCAGAUGUGACGGGUUUGUAACAUUCCUCCUUCUGUCUCUUCAGGGAAUGUGUUUCCUGCACCGCAGUAUCAUCAGCAUCCACGGGAACCUCAAGUCCUCCAACUGCGUGGUGGACAGCCGAUUCGUGCUGAAGAUCACCGACUAUGGACUGGCCAGCUUCCGCUCCAGCUGUGAUGCAGACGAUGUCUAUGCCUUGUAUGCCAAGAAGCUGUGGACGGCUCCGGAGCUCCUACGAAUGUCCAGACCCCCUCCUCAAGGCACACAGAAGGGUGACGUCUACAGCUUUGGGAUCAUACUGCAGGAGAUCGCCCUGAGGAACGGGGCCUUCUACAUCCAAGGCAUGGACCUCAGCCCCAAGGAGAUUGUCCAGAAGGUGAGGAAUGGCCAAUGUCCAUUCUUUCGGCCCACGGUGGACACCAGCUGUCACAGCGAGGAGUUGGGAAUUCUUAUCCUACAUCCCUGGGAGGGGGUCAUAUCCUACAUCCCUGGGAGGGGGUCAUAUCCUACAUCCCUGGGAGGGGGUGACUGUUGUGUCUUUUUCAGGGAGGGAACAACCAGCAUCCUGGAUAAUUUACUGUCCCGUAUGGAGCAAUACGCAAACAAUCUGGAGAAAUUGGUGGAGGAGAGGACGCAGGCCUACCUGGAGGAGAAGCGUAAAGCCGAAAACCUGCUGUACCAGAUCCUGCCACAUUCGGUGGCCGAGCAGUUGAAGAGGGGGGAAACGGUCCAGGCCGAAGCCUUCGACAGCGUCACUAUUUAUUUCAGUGACAUUGUGGGUUUUACAUCCAUGUCUGCGGAGAGCACCCCGAUGCAGGUGGUGACGUUACUCAAUGACCUGUAUACCUGCUUUGAUGCCAUAAUAGACAACUUUGACGUUUACAAGGUGGAGACGAUCGGAGAUGCUUAUAUGGUGGUAUCAGGGUUACCGGUACGGAACGGGAAAAUGCACGCACGGGAAAUCGCUAGAAUGUCGCUGGCGCUUCUGGAAGCUGUGACAACGUUCAAAAUCCGCCACAGACCGAGCACGCAACUCCGCCUCCGAAUAGGAAUACACACAGAAAUAGAAAUGAGCUUUUAUCUCCUACAACCAACUCGGUAUGUGAGCAGCAUUGUGACUGGGCCAAGACGGAACCCAACAAGGCCAUACAUGUAUCUCCAUACGUCCGGAGUCCGGGAAGCGGGAGCAGAUAUGACGGACAAUGGGCUUCCUGGUUCUCAGAAGAAGGGACACAAUUUCAAGGUGUGCUCAGGACUGAAAUCUAAUGGAAAUAAAGACAGCCAUAGACCGGAGACAUGUUCCAGAAGACAGCCAUAG